ACGUCAUGGCGGGCCCAAGAUGGCGGCCCUGGACACCGGCUGUUCCUCCUCCUCCUCCCUCCUCCUUCUCGCCGCCGUCGCCGUGCUCCUGCUCACCCGCUACCUGCUCAAGCGCCGGGCUGGGGGCGGCUGCAAGCUUCCCCCUGGCGGGCCGAGGCGGUGGUGGGCCGUGCUGAGACUGGGACUGGGACUAGGCCUAGACCCGGGCCUGGACCCUCGCCUGCCCCCGCACCUGCUGCUGGACGCCCUGGGCCGGGCCCACGGCAGCGUGUGCAGCCUGUGGCUGGGCAGCCGCCUCCUGGUGGUGCUCAGCGGCUUCCAGACGGUCAGGGACGCCCUGCAGCGCAGAGCCGACGUCUUCUCCGACCGGCCGACCAUCCCCCUCGUCACCAUCAUAACUCAGCGCAAAGGUAUAGUCUUUGCGCCAUAUGGUUUGGUCUGGAAGGAGCAAAGAAAGUUUUCUCUCUCGAUUCUGAGGCAUUUCGGUUUUGGGAAACUUGAUCUCGAGCCUAAAAUCCUUGAGGAACUGCAAUUUGUGAAGUCAGAGAUUUACGACGCAGAGGGGACAGCGUUUUCUCCUUUCCACAUCAUAAACAAUGCCGUGUCAAACAUAAUCUGCUCCAUGUGCCUUGGUAAACGGUUUGACUAUGAAGAUGAGGAGUUUAGAAUCGUUUUGCAUCAAAUUGCUCGAGGAAUGAAGCUAGCAUCAAACAGUCCUGCAAUACUCAUCAAUGUAUUUCCCUUCCUUCAGUAUUUACCUUUUGGGCCUUUCAAGGAAUUUUCCCAAACAGUAAAGGAUGUCACAUCUUUCCUGAAAAAUAUCAUAGCUGCUCACCGAAAGACUUUGGACCCUGAAAACCCACGUGAUUUUAUUGAUUUUUACCUGAAAGAAGUAGACUGUGAAAUGCAAAGAAACCAAGACACGAACUUCAGUGAAGAUUAUUUAUUUUACAUAAUUAGUGAUCUCUUUGUAGCGGGGACUGAUACAACAUCGAACACUUUGCUGUGGGCUAUUCUAAUAAUGGCAUCAUAUCCAGGAGUUCAAGAACAGGUUUAUAAUGAGAUCAGGGCUGUUGUUGGUGAGUUCAGAUCUCCGUCCAUCAAAGACAAACAUCACAUGCCAUUCACAGAAGCAACAAUAAUGGAAAUUCAACGGAUGACCACAGUUGUUCCAUUAGCCAUUCCACACAUGGCAUCAGAAACAGUAGACUUUAAAGGUUAUACCAUUCCUAAGGGAAGCAUUGUGAUUGCAAAUCUCUGGUCAGUCCAUAGAGAUGUAAGCAUGUGGGAGAAACCUGAUGAAUUUAACCCUUCUCGAUUCUUGGAUGCGGAUGGAAAUGUGGUAAAACAUGAAGCUUUUAUGCCUUUUGGAAUAGGCAAAAGGAUCUGUAUGGGAGAGCAGAUGGCAAAGAUGGAACUGUUCCUCAUCUUCAGCAGCCUCCUGCAGUCAUUUUCCUUCAAACUUCCUGAAGCUGAAGAUGCACCAAACAUGACCGGCCGAUUCGGCCUCACUCUAUCUCCACAUCCUUUCAAAAUCAUUCCUGUCAAGAGAUGACCUACUUACUGGAACACCCUGCAGGCUUACCAGGUGCAACAAUGAAGGAAGGCGAUAUCUCUGAAGUAUUUUGUAUAUAUUAUGUCCACUAUAACUUACAGAAGAUACUACUGGAGACAGACCAGACCAUCUUCCAUUGACUCGAUCUACAUUUCACGCUGCCUCGGCAUGGCCACCAGCAUAAUCAAGGAGCAGUCUCACCCCGGUCACUCCCUCUUCUCCCCUCUCCCAUCAGGCAAGUGUGAAAACACACACCUCCAGAUUCAGGGGCAGCUUCUUCCCAGGUAACUGAACCAUCCUAUCAACAACCCGAGAGCAGUCCUGAGCUACCGUCUACUUCCUUGGAGCCCCUUGGACACUCUUUAAUCGGACUUUACUAGACUUUAUCUUGAGUCUCAUACAUUUAGCGUGAGACUCACACAUUGAGCGUUGAGCGAAACGAUCGCCCAACCACCGCUUAGUCUCACCGAUGUAAAUCAGCUGACAUCUAGAGCAGCAGAUGCGGUAGAUGAGUUUGGAGGAGAUACAGGUGAACCUUUGUCGCACCUGGAACGACUGCUUGGGUCCUUGAAUGGAGUCGAGGGGGGAGGUGAAGGGACAGGUGUUGCAUUUCUUGCGGUUGCAACGGAAAGUGCGAGUCUGGGUAAGGAUGUGGUUGUAUAGUUGGAGGGCAGGGGGGGAUCACAGAGGGUGUGCAGUUAGAGAGGAGGUUGUGAAACUGUCUCCGGAGAGAGGAGGAGAACUUCUUCAAAGUAGGCAUACCUUGAGGAGAUAUCGCAGUGGAGUAGACAAAGUGUUCAAGAAGGAACUGCAGAUGCUGGAAGAUCGAAGGUUAGGUGUCACCUAUCCAUGUUCUCCAGGGAUACUGCCUGACCCACUGAGUUACUCCAGAGCUCCAUGUGCUUUCUUGCAAACUAGCAUCUGCAGUUCCUCGUUUCUACAUGCUGUACAUCUUUUGUUCCUGUCUUAACUCCAAGGCAAAGUCACCAGUGCAGUUAGACAGAGUGCUGCCUGACCCACUAAUCCAGAAAUCCACUAAUUCCAGAAAUUUGUUUUCUUUUGUGAAUACCUUCUCUUUGUUCUUCUCUUUCUUAUUGGUCGGCAAGUUUGUAUGUCAUAGAGUUUUAAAAGCGCAACUGCAGUUCUGGAAAAAGGUCUUGUGGACAGAUGAGAUGAAAGUUAACUUAUAUCAGAGUGAUGGCAAGAGCAAAGUAUGGAGGAGAGAAGGAACUGCCCGAGAUCCAAAGCAUACCACCUCAUCUGUGAAACACGGUGGUGGGGGUGUUAUGGCCCAGCAUGUAUGGUUGCUGAAGGUACUGACUCACUUAUCUUCAUUGGUGAUAUAACUGCUGAUGGUGGUAGCAUAAUGAAUUCUGAAAUGUAUAGACACAUCCUAUCUGCUCAAAUUCAAACAAAUGCCUCAAAACUCAUUGGCCGGCAGUUCAUUCUGGCAGAGCAUCACCAGAGAAGACACCCAGCAACUGGUGAUGUCCAUGAAUCGCAGACAUCAAGCAGUCAUUGCAUGCAAAGGAUAUGCAACAAAAUACUAAACAUGACUACUUUCAUUUAAAUGACAUUGCUGUGUCCCAAACAUUAUGGUGCCCUGAAAUGGGGGGAGACUAUGUAUAAACACUGCUGUAAUUUCUACAUGACGAAACCAAAAUGUAUGAAAAUGGCCUUGAUUAAAAUUUCACAAUUUGCACUUUAA